AUGGAGAGGCAGCCGGCCGGCGGCGACGACGUCAACCUGGACCUGCGCCUCGUCCACCACCAGUCGGCGUCCGGCGGCAACGGCGGCAUGGGCAGGCAGCACCAGCAGCACCACCACCUACCACCGGUAGUGGCCGCCGAUCCCGACCGCACCUUCUCGUGCACCUACUGCCGGCGCAAGUUCUUCAGCUCGCAGGCGCUGGGCGGCCACCAGAACGCGCACAAGCUGGAGCGCAGCCUCGCCAAGCGCAGCCGCGAGCUCUCCGGCGCCGUCGCGGUCGUCAGUGCGGCCAUCUCCUCCUCCUCCGCUGCGGCAGCCCCGCCCACGCCGCCGCCGGCGGCGGCCUCCGAGCUCGGUGGCUGGUACCCGGCGGCGCACGCGGGAGGAGGCCCAGGGGACCAGCAGGCAGCCGCGGCGGCCGUCGUGAGCUGGAUCGCCGACGGCGGCCGGCGGUACGCCUACCGCGUGCAAGCCGCCGCGGCGGCCGGCGACGCCGCCGACGACAUCGACCUGUCGCUCAAGCUGUAA